GUGGAGUCACUCAGUCUGGGCAUUGUUACCUGUCCCAGCUGGUGUCACGGGGCUGGAGCAAGGCCCAGGGUCAGGUGUCUCUUGUUCCCCAAGACUCAGUUCCAUAGAAUGGUCCCUUGUGUGACCUCGGCCCUCGAGCCCCCUCUGACAUCCGUGUGCCAUGUGCAGGCCGGGCAGCCGCCUGCCCAUUCAUGGCCAGUUCACCUGCCCCCCGCAGACCGGGCGACCCUUUGGAGCACAAGGCUGCAGACCCCCCGCCCCCCGCACACACACCACUGCUCCGUGUGCAGCUGAGCCUUAGUGAGGGAGCAGGGCAGGCCUUGAUCUCAGCUGGAGCCUCGAGGGGCCGUCGCGCUAGAAGCGUUUCAGUGGGGCCCACACGGUGACCAAUCGCGAUGCCCUGCAUGCAGCCCAUGCCGGGCCUUGGCCAGUGGAGCUUAGGGCCCCGUGGCAGAGAUGAGUCGCGAGAGGCCAGCCCCGUUCUCUAGCUUGAUUUGCUGUUGGUGUGUUAGCUCCUCAAGUGCCCUGACCUUGGCAGCGAGCUGGAAGACGCCAUCGUGGAGGAGAUGAGCGGGCUGCUGAGAGACCCCAAGACCGUGGUGCGCUGGUUGGCGCUCAAAGGCCUCCUCAAUCUGGCCCUUCACCCAGAGAAGGUGGGGAAACUCCAGCAUCUGCUGCCAGAUGUCCUGGAGCGACUCCAGGAGGUAGACAGAGACCUCAUCCGCAAGGCCAUCGCCGUGCUGAAACACCUCCUCGCCGGCAUGGACAGGCAGAGCGCCAGCUGCGCGGCUGUGCAAGUGGCUGUGCAACUCCUGCCGUUGUUUCAUGAUGUAAGGCCUGGCAGCUCACAGGAGAUCCCAUCAAACUGCAGACAUGUGACCAGCAAGCUCCAAGUGCUCUCCAUCACCCUUUUUAAAGACCUGUUGGAGCUUGUAAGGGGGCCCAACCGGAGGCAGAUGAAGGAGCAUGUGCUCCAGAGCCUGGUCCCACUGCUCCUCCUUGUGCAUGAUGAGCGUCCCAACGUGUCCCAGGUGUGUUGGGACACCCUCAGCAGUGCCGCCCAAUUCCUGAGGUGGCACCAGCUCAGUGGCCUCAUCCAGCACAAGGAAACCUGGCGAAGCUGUGACUGCCUGGUGAUCCACUACAAGGAGAGAGCUGAUGACUUCCUGGGCCAGACCAUGGCCUUCCUGCAGAACCCACAGACUCCAGUUAGGGAAGCAGCCAUCAGGUUCCUAGGGCUCACUGCCCGGAAGCUGGACCAGGGGAGCCAGGACAAGCUGGACGCCAUCUGCGAUAACCUCAAAGGCUUGCAGCAGGACAGCAAGUCCUCAGUCCGAUGCCUGGCUUCUCAGACCAUCUUCAUCCUGGAGGCCUUCAAGAACCAGCCUCCAGCCUGCUGCAGCCUAUGGACAUUGGUCCAUAGGAUAAGAACAAUGUGCACUGCGGAGAGCCAGCUCAUUGAAGCUGCCCAGCUGCCCUAGGUCUGGGAAAAGCCAGCCUCCCUUCUCUGGGGGCUUGGUGCAUCAGAGCCCACCUGGAGCAAGGUGGAACACAUGGCUUCUUCCCAACUGGCUGCCUGCCCUGCCCAGCCAUGUGAGUAGUUAACUGCUCGAUAGCUUUCAUCAUCAUGUACUUUUGGACACCGUGUUGCAUUUACGUCCUGCCCUCCGUCCCCAUUUCCAGUCGUGUACGUUUUUGAUGCCGUCGGCCAUUUUGAAAAUUUAUUUUGUAUUAUUUUUCUGUGUUUGGCCGGGGGAAGGUUGUGUGCUUGUGUUUUGACAUAUUUAGAGAAAAAGUACGAAUGAGUAGAAAGAGAGGCUGUAAAGGGUUUGCAGUCCCCCCCCCCCAGGCCCCACC